UUCCCCGCCCCCCGGGGCCCGGCAGGGGGCGGCUCUGUGCCGGAUCCGGGCCCUCUCCCUCUCCCUCUCCCCCGGUGUCGGUGAUGUUGGGCGGCGCGGCCUGGCCCGAGGUCCGCCUCGCGGUGUCGGAGCGGCGCCGGGAGCUGGUGUUGAGGGGCCCGGAGCUGGAGGCCAGGGUGCGGGCUGGAGGCGUGGACCCGGGCCUGUUCGAGCUGCCGCUGCUGCAGCACCUGGAGCUGGGGGCGGCUCUCAGCGAGCUGCCGGGGGCGGUGUGCGGCCUACACGGCCUCCGGAGCCUGGUCCUCCGCGGGAACCGCCUGAAGGAGCUGCCCGAGCAGCUGGGCCUCCUCACCGAGCUCCGCAGCCUCGAUGUGUCCGGGAACCGGCUGCAGUGUGUCCCCGCCAGCCUCGGGCUCCUCGCCCAGCUCCGCGGCCUCAACCUGAGCGGGAACCUCCUGCAGGAGCUGCCCCGGGGCCUGUCCCGCUGCUCGGGCCUCACCCACCUCGAGCUCUCCCACAACCGCCUCCAGGAACUACCCGGAGACCUCCUGGAGAACCCCCUGCCCCUGCUCACAUCACUCACCGCCGCCGGCAACUGCAUCCACAGCCUGGGGCCCGGCAUCAGCCGCCUGCCCGCGCUCCGGACCCUGGAUCUGUCCGACAACAAGCUCACAGAGAUUCCUUGUGAGCUUGCUGACUGUCCCAAGCUGAAAGAAAUAAACUUCAAAGGAAAUUGUUUAACCGAUAAACGACUAGAAAAAAUGGUGAAUGGAUGCCAGACCAAAUCCAUCUUGGACUAUCUGAAAUCAGGGGGUCGUGGCAAGGGGAAGGGGAAAGGAGAGAGUGCAGAGAAAACAGAGAACAGAGAUAAAAGCAGGAAGAAGAAGAAACCUUUGAAGAAAGAUGAUGAGGAAUCUGAUGAAAUGGAGGAAUUGAACAAAUUAGUGGUGCGAGUGCUGCAUAUUUCUGAAAAUCCAUCCACUGUGUUUGUGAAAGUCACUCCCAAUGUCAAGGAAGUGAGACCCUAUAUUGUGUGUUGCAUUGUGGAAGGAAUGAACCUCCGAGCUGGAAAUGCAUUGAAACGAUUCCUGGUAGCUCAGACAAAGUUACAUGAUGAUGACUGUCAGAAGAGGACAUUGGCAACUAUUGCAACACAUGAUUUACAUUUGGUGAAGGGACCAUUGCUGUAUGAUGCCAGACCAUCCCAAUCUUUAAAGAUUACACCACUUGGAAGGAAAGAGAUAAAGGCGGCAGACCUGGUACGGCGAUUACAGAUGGAAGCUGAUGAGCAACGCAAACAGAAGAAGCGUCAGAAUGUUUCUGGCCUUCAUAAGUAUCUCCAGUUACUUAACGGAAAAGAACAUUUUCCUUGUUUAGUCGAUGCAGAGGAUCAUGUAAUUUCAUUCCCACCAAUCACAAACAGUGACAAAACAAAGAUUAGAAAAACCACCAGUCAGCUGUUCUUGGAAGUAACCAGUUCCACAAACCUACAGACCUGUAAAAAUGUGAUGGACCGUUUGAUUGUGCGAAUGGCAGAACUGAACAAGUUCACCUUUGAAAACAAGGAGCAGGAGUCUGUAUCUGAUGACGAGACUGAAGUGACUAAAGACCUAACUGAAGACCAAGCAGAGACUGUGGAUCUGACCGUGACUAAGAUGGCCAGUCCUGAACUGAUUGUGAGACAAGUGCGGGUUGUGGAUGCAGAAGGGAACCUCAAGGUUGUUUACCCAGCCAAAACUGACUUAAAUGUGGAUGCCCAUAAUGUAACUGUAAUCCGAUAGUUCCUCACACAAUUUCUGCCACAAUUUUGCACUAUUUACAUUUGGGUUUCCAUUUUUUUUUUAAAUAGUUGUAUAAUUAACACAUUUUCUCUUGAAGCUGCUGAUUUUGACUGGAAUACUUCCUGGUCUCUCUGUCUCCUUAACUAAUUGGCUACUAUUCAUCCAGUGGUAACUGUACAACUACAGAGGAUGUCACAUUAGGCUGACAUGUACAGCAUUGUUUUCACCCAUCUCCUCUAGAUUGUAUGUUUAGUAUUGACUGUUCAGUCUCAAAAAGAAGUCUGUUUGUUUGCAUGAACCAGAAGAGAGUGGAGGGAACAUCCCGACUAUACAACAUGGAUCUUGAGAGGAGGGAGGGAGAGAGUAAAAGUAAGCAAUAUUCCAAUGUAGUAGAACUCAGUAACAUAAACCCAGGAAGCCUCAGUAAUGAGAACACCUUAGUCGUCCAUGGAACAAGCAAAGUAUUUCAACAAAACACUGUUCCAGUUUCCUCUCCUGGUUUUGUAAAUAAAUGGCAACAGUAUUCUGCCAACAUUGUUAAAAAUGCUCAAUUAAUGUUACUGCCAUUGUACAGCUUUCAAACAUAAUCUGAUGUAGUUACUCAUUCAUUUUAUCAUUCUUAAACUCCAUCCUUUCAGUUCCUUGCUUCAGAAAUUGACGCUGAGUUAAGUUGUACCUUUGGUCUGUUCCUGCAGCGUUUAACAAUGCCAGCAUUUCUGUUUGAAGGGGCUAGAUUGGUGGUGAUAUCAUGAAAUGAAAAGCUAAAUGGCAUGAACGUUGAAAUAAAUCCAUUCUGGUUUUGCUGCAUGUAUUAAUAAGCCCAUGCUGGAAAUAAAACAGGCACCAUUGUUAAA